AUGUUAAGGACUUUAAUUAAACUCUUUUUAUCAAUUUUAUACAUGCCAAUAAUGGAUUUAUUUUUUUCAAUCUUUGCAUGUAUAAGAAAUGAAAAAGGAAAUUCUGUUCAUUAGAUGUUUAGUGAGAUAAAUUGUUGGGAAGGAACACAUACAGUUCAUGGAAUUGUUUCAAUAUUUGGAAUAAUAUGUUUUUAUAUAUUUUGUAUUUCAUUUUCACUAUUAUAUUAUGAACCUCGUUAUAUGGAAAUGAAUCCAUAAUCAAAAAAGAAUGGUAGAUAUUUAGCUAUAUUUCUUACUUAUGAACUUGUAAUGAUAAUUUGUUAUACAUUUAUGGUUGGAAAAUAAUAUGAUUAUAUCUUUAUAUUGAUAAUAGUAAUAGGCAGUUUUUUUGUUUUUUGGAAAAUGCAUGUUGAGAAUCCUCAUUAUAAUAAAUAUAUAGCAAAAGCAUGGUCUAUAUUAGCGGCAGUUAAUAUGUGGGGUGUUAUAUUAUUAUGUUUUGCUAAAUUUCUAGAAGGAUAAUUGUUUUUUGGAACAGUUUAUGCAUGGUUAUUUGGAUUACCUUUUAUGAUAGCUGCAGUAUUUAAAGCUGAUAAAUUAAAUUAUGAAUUAUUAUUAACUAAUUUAAAUAAAGUUGCUGAUCCUUUAGAAGUCUUAAACUUAACAGAUUAUUUAAUUAAAUUGUAUAAAGCUUAAGAUUCAGAUUCUUUAUUAAUGAUUGAUGGUUUUCUUGAAAUACACAGAGCUACAUGUGCAAAAGAAGACUGUUAUCUUAAAUAAAAAAGAUGUUAAAAUUAAAGAAUUUAAAAAACUUUCUUUAAAGAUUAAAAUUUAUCAGAAAGAGAUAUAGAUAUUUUAAUGGUUUUAGGCUAAAUAUAUUUUAAUUAAAUUAAAAGAUUUCCUAAUGAUAUGACCUUAAGAAUAAGGUAUUCAUUAUUUCUUUUUGAUUUAAUGAAAUAAAGACAGUAAGCAUUAAAUGAAUUAUUUUAAGCAGAAUAAUUAUGUCCAAGUUUUGAUUAUGAAUUUAUAAUUUAUAGAUAUAAAUAGAUUGUUGAAUUUGAAAUGAAUGUGGCUCAAAGUGAAAACAUUAAUGGUAAUUUAGAUAUUGCAAGUGAAUUAGCAUUUUAAAAUAAUAUGAAAUAAUUUUAAAAUAAUAUAGAAAGAGCUACUUUAAUGCAUAUGGAUUUUUGGUCAUAAUUAUAAGAAGAAUCACCUGAUUUAGGUAAAAUGAAUGAAAUUGGAUCAAAAAUUAAUUUAGCUAUUCUUUAAGUUGAAGAUUUAUGGAAUAAAAUGUCAAAAUUAACUUAAAAUCUACCUAAAGCUAUGAGAUUAUAUGCUAAAUUUAUUAUUGAAGUACUUUAAGAUAAAGAUUUUGGAGAAGAAUUAUUAUCAAAAUCAAAAAAUUUAUAAUAGUAGAAUUUGAAAAUAAAGAAUCAAUAAUUAAUAUCACUUUUGAAUAGUGAUGAUUUAUGUUAUGAAUCAAAUCCUAUAACAGUAGUAUCAACAUCUCAAGAGAAAUUUGCUUAAAUAGUUAAUGUAAACAUGUCAUGCUGUAAUUUAUUUGGAUAUAUGAAGACAGAAAUGAUAAAUCGUAAGAUAAAUAUAUUUAUGCCAAGCUUAUAUGCAAAAUUUCAUGAUAAUUAUUUUGAAAAGUUUAUGGAAACAAACGAUAAUAAAAAUAUUAAUAAAGAAAGAUUAGUAUAUAUAAAAUAAAAAUCCAAUUAUAUUGCUCCUUGUUUUUUAACUUUGAAGAUUAUUUAAUCAUUUGAUGAUAAUUUAUAAAUGGCUGCUUAAUUACGACCUUUAAAACUAUAUAAACCUACUUGUUACUUAUUAAUAGAUGCAAAUGAAUUAAUUGAUUCUGUCUCUGCAUCAUGUAUUACUUUAUUAAAUAUUGAUCAUAAAGCAAUAUCUCAUAGAAAAAUAAUGUUAGGAGAUCUCUUUCCAAAUUUUAGUUAGUUAAAAGCUUAGUUCUUAACUAAAAAUGGAGGAAUAUUAUCAUAUAAAUGUUAAGAAGAACAAAGUAAUAAAAAUAUCAAGGAUGAUAAAGAGGAAAAUCAAAUAUAUUUUACAUGUUUUAUUACUGAAAUCUCAAAUGAAAUUAAUGGAGAAACAGCAGGAUAUAUAGUAAGAUUAGAAUUAAAUGGAAAUGAUAAAAGUACAACUUAAGAAUUAAAUGUACAUUAACAUCAUUAUAAUGGAUUAAGUUUAUAAUUCAAAUUCAACCCUAGAUUAGCUAAUUAUUAUGGUGAGUUUGUUGCUGAAAUGAAUUCUUAGAGAGUAGAUUAAACAAUAAUUUGGGAUUAAGGUGAUCUUUCAUCAAUGAUUUCAUCCAAUUAGAAUGAUAUACAAAACUCAGGGAUUUAAAAACAUUUAAUGAAAUUAGAUAACAAUGUUGAAUAAAAAGAAGUGAUGAGAUAUGGAGAAGGAAUUGUGACUGUGAGACUUUUUGAGAAUAGAAUCUAAGAUAUAAAUGACAUAGAUAUCAUUUCGGAUGAUGAGAAUGAAGAUAAGAAUAGUGUAUUUGAAAGAAGAUAGAUUUAAGAUUCUAGUAUUUAAAGAUCCUAAGAAAACAAUGAAUUGAAUAAUAUUUUUAGAUCUAGGAAACAUUUAUCUUAAAUAGUUAAUAAUUAUUAAACACCAAAAGUCAUUAAAAAAUUAAAUUGGACUUCCAAUAUUCUUACUAUUAUUUUAAUUGUUUUAUCAUUUACUGAUUUUUUUAUUAUCUAUGAUUAAUAUUAGGAAAUUUAUAAAACAAUUUUGUUGGUUAAAAAUUAAAAUUAAAGAAAUGCAGAACUUUAAACCCUUACUACAAGUAUUUAAAAUUUAUUAAUGUUAAAUAUGGAUGUUUGGGAUUUGUAAAAUGAAUCAGAAUAAAAAACAUAUGAAGAAUUAUAAAAGAAGAAAUUAAACCAAUCUAUUAAUAAUAUUGACAAUUUGAAUAAAGAAUUAAUGUUAACAGAUGUUAGUUUAAGUGAUGUUAUUAUUGAAAUGAUGAAUAAUGAUGUUGUAAGUAUGAUUUCAAGUGACGGUACUUCAUAAAUGUUUGAUAUAUCAGAAGCUAUCUAAUAAUUAUUGAGUAAAUCUUUAAUUAUUAGAGAUAAACCAAUUUCUAACAUUAACUUAGAUGAUGUUGAUGUCAAUUUUGUUUUAUUUAAUUCUUUAAAUAGUUUGAUAUUUUAAAUAAGAUCCUUUUCAACUUUGUAUGCAAAUGAGUUGUUGUUUAAAUCUGAAAAUAAUAGAGAUACUUUCUUAUUGAUAUUAAGUAUUUCAGCUGCUGCUUUAGGUAUUGGACUUAUUAUCAUGAUAAUUGCUAUUGUUUCUGUUCAUUAAACAUAAGAAGAAAUGUUAGCUAUUUUUAUAGAUCUCCCUGAAAAAACUAUCAAGUAUUUAUUCAACAAAGCUGAAAAUUUUAUUACUAAUUUACAAAUGGGAGAAGAAGAUGAUUUUUUAUCAGAUAUAGAAGAUAUUGAAAAAGAAAGUUAAAAUGAAUUGAAUAAAUCUUUGAAAGCCAAACGGAAACGAAGGAGAUUUAAAAACUCAAAUAAAGAAUAACGUAAUUUUAUUCUUGGAAUUUUAAUAAUUAUUCUAUUAGCUCAAGGAUAUUUUACAUUAAAUUAUUUAUUAAGUAAAAACUUUUUAACAGAUUUAAAUUAAAUGAUUCCUGAAAUUAAUGCAACAGCAAGAGCUGAAAGUUUCUAUAGAUUUGUAGAUAUAAGUGAAAGAUCAUUAUUUUUAAAUCGUAAUCAUACUAUUAUGAAUUAAGAUUCAUAUGAAAUUGUAAAAAACAACCUUAAUGGUUUAUAUAUUUUAGAUUCUUCUAUUCAUUAAGAACAUGCAUUAAAUGUUGAAAUAACUAGUCAAUUAUACUUAGAUUCAUUUAAAACAAUUUUUAUGGAACAACCAUGUACAAUAAUUUCAAAUUUCUUGAAUGAAUUAACUGAAUAAGAAUGUCAAGUAUUUGCUGAUGGAGCAAUUUAUUAAGGAAUGGCAGUCGGGAUUGCAAGAUAUUUUGAGAAUCUUAGAUAUAUAAUGACAAUUUAUGAUUAAUUUUGGGGAAAUCCAAAUGUAAAUUUCACUCUUUUAGCUAGGGGAUUUGGAAAGUUUAAAAAUAUAACAAAAGAUAAUGAUAAUGUAAGAAAUUAUAUUUUAAAUCUUAAUAAUUUCAAUUAAACAAAAGAGGCUCGUGAAAUGUAAGAUAAUUAUAAUAGAGGAACUUUUCGAUUUCUUGUUUCAUAAAUGAUUGAAGGAAUUAGAUAAGAUAUGGAAAACCAUAAAACGGAAAUACUAGGAUUAUUUAUAGCUUUUGAAGGUUUAAUUUUCAUUGUUUAUUUUGUCUUUUGGUUACCAUUGCUUGCCAAAUUUACUAAAGAUUUAUGGAGAACUAGAUCCAUGAUCUUAAUGAUACCUCUUGGUGUCAUUCAAAAUAUUAAAUCUAUUAAAACGUAUAUUAAGACUAACAUUCAAAUUAAUGAUAUUGAAGUUUGA